CACACACACAGUUCAACAGAAAACUGCAUGAACUCAUUCCAUUGUCUGUGGUCUACGUAUCCGUCUCAAACACCACGCACAGACGCAUGAUUGUGGAAGUGCCUUCCUACAACAAAGCACUGAUUGUUACGAAUUUCACCGCGAACACUUUACUGAACACAUUGCCUACGUACAAAUUACGCUUGCGGCAUUGUUCGUCGGCUACAAGUGCAGAUGCAAUUCGGUACUUCAUCACAGUUAGGAUCAAGCCAGCAUGGAUGUGACUAGAAGACUCUCACUUCAGUUGGCAGUUUGUGCAUUUAUUGCUGUGUAUGUGCACGUUUUGGUCAAUGCAGAUUCCGUUAGCGUCAAUGCUGCAAAGUUAAAUCAGAAGUUUUUCUCGAUCUUUACCGACGGAUUCGAAGAUUUAAAUGCCAGACCUGUCUUUCGAGGAGGAUCUCGUUCAACUCCGGAUCCCAACAAGAUUGAUCUUCUCUUUGUUAUGGACAAUUCCGGUAGCAUCGGCAGUGCCAACUUCGUUAAGCAAAAAUACUUUGUCAGUCUGAUGAUCGACCACGCCUUAACGGUCACAUGCACCAAAUCGAUCCGAGUCGCAAUUAUCAGUUUUGCUGCGUCGUCCCAGAUUACGGUCGAAUUUGACUUCAAUGAUUACUCGGGAUCGGCGACUCCUCGCUUUGAUCUGAAGAAUGCAGUCAAUGGUAUUGUCUACGUGCAUGGGUGGGCUACUAAUACUGCAGGAGCUUUAGACGAAGCACAUUCUCUAUACAAUGACGCGUCUAGAGGAGCGAGAUCGGAUGCGACCAGAGUUGUUUUUGUGCUUACCGACGGAAGAUCAAAUCAAGGUGGAGCUCCAGGUCCCAAGGCAGACGUUCUACAAAACACAGACGGUGCUGAGGUUUUUGCGGCGGGCGUGGCUAAUUUUGGCUCCACGAGCAGUGACAACGAGUUGAAUGCCAUCGCUUCACCUCCUGACGACGAUCACAGGUUAGAAGUAGAUGAUUUCGACGACAUGGACGACAUCGCUGCUGAAUUUGGCGCAAAAUUGAGGUGUAAUGUGAUUGACUUGGCAACUCAUCGACCGGAAGACUGGAACUCUAUUGUGGCCGGAUUCAAAACCAUUAAGCAAAAUGGUGUCAUCAACGAUCUCGCAGCACUUCAUAGUCAAGUUUUUUCUGUAUCAAACGCGGCCCAUGGUGGUGCGGGCUUCUUCCCUUGGCAUCGUUCUUUCCUCAGUAUGUUGGAGCACGCUUUACAAAUCGCUCAAAAUGACGUCUCACUUCGUCUCCCAUACUGGGAUUGGUCAGGAGAACAUGUCGCAACGUCGGCCAUUUGGGCUCACUUGGGCAGCGGUUCUCUCAACAACGGAGCCGGUCCCAACGAUUGUGUCAAUAGCGGACACUUCAGUCAAGCGUUGUGGCAUCCCGAUCCAUCCGAAUGUAUCGUACGGAAUGUCUUCAAUCCCGGGCCCGGAAUGCAACAGGCAUCACAAGUACAAUUGAACAAUGAUCGCACGAGCAAUCCAAUCUACGACAACUUCCGUCAGCAGACAGAAUCUGGUGGAGUCCGACACAACACUUUGCACAAUCGAUUUGGAUUCCCUUCCGACAUGGCUGUGGGUGAAUCACCACGUGACCCUCUCUUCUAUUUGCAUCACUGUUUUAUCGACAAACUGUGGUACGACUGGCAAAAAGUGUACGGGGAUGAUGAAAGUAACUAUCCAGCUGACGGCACUCCUGGAUACACACUUAAUAGUAUAAUGAAUUUCUUAACUGCUGCGUAUCCUGGGGGAACAGACCUGUUAAAGGAGUCAGCAUGGAGACAGCCAAAGAAUGUUCUCAAGGUUGGAAACUUGGGUUACACGUAUGCUCAAUCUAGUGGGACACCGUUUGGACGUAAGAAAAGACAGUCGACUAGGCUGGCCGUUUCCUUAGGCAAAAGAUUGAUUCCACAUGACACUAAAAUCGAAGAAUUAUUUACAACUGAACGUCCAUACACCCCUGAGCCCGAUCUGUCCGUCUCCACAAUCAGAGCAAUGAUUGCCAGUAGACGUCCGACGCGCCAACAGGUUGUUCAAUGGGAUUUCGAUACUCAAUGUUGGUUUGAAAGUGAUUUGCUCACACCAAGCCAACGAGCUCAGUGUAUUGAUCGAGGAAUAAUACCUGGUAUUCGUCUUGCAAACGGUCCAAAUCAAUAUGAAGGUCGGGUAGAAAUCUUGGUUGAUGGUCACUACCACGCAGUCUGUUCAGAUGGUUGGGAUAACGUUGAAGCCAACAUUGUGUGUGCCCAACUAGGAUAUUCCACAGGUCAAGCAACCUCAGGAAGCAGAUGGGGCUACAGCAAAAAGCCCUACGUUAUCAGCAAAGUAGGAUGCACGGGCAAUGAAAAAUACAUUCAAGAUUGUCCUCGGUACAACAUAGGAACAACGUACCGAGGUGGAUAUUGUCCCAGUUACCGAUAUGCUGGAGUCAAGUGCAAUCCAGGUGUUCGGCUUACUAGAAAUGGCCUAUCAACAACUAGUCCCAAUGGCUACCUACAAGUUUAUGACAGUUCAACUAAACAAUGGGGUCCUGUUUGUGGCGGAUCGGUCUGGGGUAACAGACAGCGCACGGAUGCCUGCCAACAUGCUGGGUUUGGCCCUGCAUAUUCUAUUUUACACACAGUCUUUGCAAGAAAGACUGCAAGUGGGCCUCAAACCAGUGCUCGUUGCCUCAGCAGCACAAACAAGCAAAUUGACUGCAACCAGGGUGUUCAGUGGGGAGCAUCUACUUGUACAAGAAGCACUGACAAUCUGUACAUCAGCUGUCAAAAAUCAAUCCGUCUUGUUGGUCGCAAUCAAUAUGAAGGUCGAGUGGAGGUAUUCAACCGAGGUGUAUGGGGCACAGUGUGUGACACGUAUUGGGACACCAAUGAUGCUCGAGUCGUGUGCAGGCAGCUGGGGUACAACUAUGGAGGUACAGCAUAUAGCCGUGCGCGCUAUGGUCGAGGCCGUGGUCCAGUCUGGCUUGACAGAAUGAGCUGCUAUGGCAAUGAACGAGCUAUCACAGACUGCAAACACAGUGGGUUUGGGCAAACAAGUUGCUCUCACAACAGAGAUGCAUCAGUUCGUUGCAACCUACCACCUGUCAUCAAAGUUCCAGGUCCUAUCACCAAAGUUGCACGUCGUCUUGAACCAGUUUCGGUUCUUGAGUGAAACAAGUAGCCAAUUGCUAAUGACUUAUAUAAGCAAAUUGAUUUCAACUAAAAGAGCAAUAAUUAUACAAAAAAGUCUGGUGCAUGUAGUAUCAAGGCAAAUAUAGUGUAGUGGUAGGUCUACCCUGCUAGAACAAGUUUUAGUUUUCCCCAGGACAUGUACAUGUUAUGUAGAGUGGUUGCAUGUGUCACAUGUCACACGUUUUCAUUACAGUAUCUACUGCACCACCAUA